AGGGUGUCUUCCAGAAAGAGCCGCAUGUCUAUAAACAUCACCAAAAUGCUGACAAAGAGUUCCAAUACAAGUACAGGCAUCUAAUGCUUAUGAACAAAGCAGGAUCCAAAAGAAUAUCUCAUUAUGUGUUAAAGUUGUUUAAAAUUGGGGUCCAUUAAUCAUGUGCAAAUUUUUUAUUACUACAGUCUCUAGAAUAUUUACCGACAGUUCUCCCAAUUCUCUCCAUAAACCCACAGAGAGGACAGGGGAAGAAAGAUUGUUGACUUCCGUUUAUGGCUAAGAUCAGUGCUUAUUUUGCCGCGGCAUGUUACUUAUAUGUCAUGUCAGUGGCGGUCACAGCAAGAGUGCUGUCAGUGCAUCCUUAUUUGAGUGGCCUUGAAAAACCCAUAACCAAUAUUUUUGAUACUUCGAAUUAUGGUAUUUUACAGAUCGGCAAUGGAUUGGCCAAGACGCCUCAGAUGGGAUGGAAUAGCUGGAAUUUCUUUGCCUGCAAUAUCAGUGAAAAAAUUUUCAAGGAAACGGCCGAUGCGCUUAUUUCAACUGGUUUGGCGAAGUUAGGCUAUGAUUAUGUGAAUAUAGAUGAUUGCUGGUCUGAAUUGGUGCGGGAUUCGGAGGGUCAAUUAGUUCCUGAUUCUGGAAUGUUUCCAUCAGGAAUUAAAGCUCUUGCUGAUUAUGUGCACUCAAAGGGCCUCAAGCUUGGCAUCUACUCUGAUGCAGGGACUUUUACAUGUCAAGUUCAUCCUGGAUCACUUGGACAUGAAAAUGAUGAUGCAGCACGUUUUGCAUCAUGGGGCAUCGAUUACUUGAAGUAUGACAACUGUUUCAAUCUAAGCAUCAAACCAGAAGAAAGGUUCCCGCCAAUGCAUGAUGCCCUAAAUGCAACUGGACGGACCAUAUUCUAUUCACUAUGUGAAUGGGGCUUGAAUGACCCUGCCUUAUGGGCAGGCAAGAUUGGAAACAGUUGGCGAACAACAGGAGACAUCAAAGAUAAUUGGGAAAGCAUGACUACAAUUGCUGAUAUCAAUGACAAAUGGGCAGCCUAUGCGGGGCCUGGUGGAUGGAAUGAUCCAGAUAUGUUAGAAGUUGGAAAUGGGGGAAUGACUUACCAGGAGUACCGAGCACAUUUUAGCAUUUGGGCUUUGAUGAAGGCUCCUCUUUUGAUUGGUUGUGAUGUAAGAAACAUGAGUGCAGAGACAUUGGAAAUUAUAAGCAAUGAGGAAGUUAUUGCUGUAAAUCAAGAUCCACUUGGGGUUCAAGGAAGAAAAGUUUAUGCAUAUGGGCCUGAUGGUUGCUAUCAGGUUUGGGCGGGUCCAUUGUCCGGAAGCCGUCUCGUUGUUGCUCUGUGGAACCGGUGUUCAAAAAUUGCCACUAUUACUGUUAACUGGGCUGCACUAGGACUUGAGUCUUCUACCAUUGUCUCUGUAAGAGACUUAUGGAAGCAUGAAUUGGUUUCUCUGGAUUCCGUGUCCUCAUUCACUGCUACAGUUGAUCCUCACGGCUGUGAAAUAUAUGUUUUCACUCCAGUGACGGUGACAAGCUCCUCUAGUUAAAUUGUUACUCGAGUAAGCUUCAAAUCUUGGUACAACCUUUUUUGGUUAGUUGAUAUCCAUGUUGAGUAUGAAUGAAGUUAGUAUUACUUGUCAUUUUAAUGAAGGAGAAAAUGUUAGGUAUUUUCGUCUACAUGCAUUGUUGUGGUUGUGUCAUUCAUCGUUUCUAUGUCGGUAGUACAACUCAUGUCUGAUAGAAGUUUGCAAAAUUUGUAGUACUUUUCUGCUAGUCCAGAGAACAGUGGAACUGGGAUUUCAAGGGAGUGCGAUUUGUAUCAGUUGAAUAUUGUAAUGUCAUAUAUGUUUGUGUGCUCUUGUUGUGAACUGAAUUAAUCUACUGUUUUCCCCC